AUGCAACAACAACACAAUGAUACAAUGAAGAUAGAUCAGUUACUAAAGACAGUGUUGCAAAGCAGAGUGAUACGAUUGAAUGUCAUGCAUCAUGUGCAUCAGAUACAUGUCGUGUUGAUGAGGGCAGCAGGUGUGCCACUGACACACAUCAUGUCAGGUGAACAGUUUGAGAAGGAGCGAUGUCUGUCAACAAUGUUGCGAUAUGGCAGGACUGACCUGUUCAUGAAGUACUUUGAUGUCUUUGUCCAGGCACAUCCUCAUGGUAACACUCCUUACCUUGGUCAUCUUCUUAAAGUGGCAAUCAACACCAACAACUUCAAUGUGGUGCGACAUCUGUUCAAGUUCAACCGAGACAACAAUCUCAUUCGCGACACCUUAUUGGUCAUUUGCAAACAGAUCAAAGAUCUAGUCACUCUGGAUCGACAUGAUAUAUUACACCUUAUACUGUCCGAACUCGAGUUCAUCAACAAUAACAGACAACUCGACGUCUGGAGCAGAAAGGUUGACAACGUCAAUGAAUUCGAGCCUAUCUCUGUUGUCCGUAUGUACUCGGGGUGCCGGUCGUUCAAGAUGCUUCAAACAAUACGCUCGCAAUGCCACCUGUUCAAACCCCAGAACGAACCCGUGCAGGCUCGUGAUCAGUUGGUUGGGGCACUGACAUGCGACGAACUCCCAGACUUCCUCGAGCUUCUCGGCGGCCCAGUACCCAUCUUCAGCGUGGACAUCGCCUUUUACAAUAUCAUGAUGGAUCACAUGAACAACAUACCUCUCCUUGACUGCUUCUUUAGUCAUGAGACGAUCGUUGGAAGAACUAGCAAAUAUCUCAAAGAUGCCUUUUACUACUCAUUUGACAGGAAGACCGAGUUCUUGAACUCACUGAUGACACCAGAUGGCCUAUUCUUUGCAAAACGAUAUCGCCAACACCUUCCAGGUGACUUCAUCUAUUUGACCGCAGCCAGUCAUGGAGACGUUGAGCUCACACAAUGGGCCAUUGAACAUCAAAUACCAGCCACCUACCAAAACCAUGUCGGAUUGGCGCUACAGCACGGCUUUGUCGACGUAGCAUUUGUUAUCCUUGACAAAUGUCCAUUGGUCUCUCCAAAGGGCGAUGGCGAUGACGUUGAUGAUGGUGAGUCUACUGCUGCCGACGACAAGAAACGUCCACUCUGGCUAAUUGAUCAUACAAUUGACGAAUCAAUUCUUUCAAUUGAACUGCUCAGACGCCUGACAUCGUACGACAACAUCCAAUAUGGACAUGGCAUACUGUUCUCACCUGGUCUGACACUGGAUACAUUCGAAUUCAUCAAGACCAAGUUCUUUGAUUCACAACUUGAUGAAUAUCAACACGUGUUGAGGGAGCCAAAGGUGAUGCUAAUCAAGGACAUUAGACUGAUCAGGGUACUAUUGGAACGAAACAAACAAAAACUCGAUCAAGUGGUGGCCAACGCCAUAAUUAGCAAUCGUCACGACGUUCUCGCAGUACUUGCAGAGACUGGACGUCGUGUUGGUCUUCAAGAGAUGGUAUAUCUUGGCACUGCGGAACAAGCUCGAGUUCUGCUCGACUCUGGAUGUUUGGCGCCAACCACCAAUCAUCAUACCAAUCCCUUGACGGUCAUAAUUCAACGCUUCAAUGACAUAUCAUUGGUUCGCGACUUUUACAACAUGUUUGGCAAUGUCCAAUUUCCAUCAUCUGAGGGUCCGAUGAUUGAAGCAGCUCAACACGGCAACUUGGAGAUUGCUCGCUUCCUUCAAGAACACCAACCAGAUAUUUGCCAUAGAACAGCAUUGGAAAGAGCAGCCAUCAACGGACAUAUGGAGAUGUUCAAAUUCAUCGUUGAAAACUACAAAGCAGAGUGGAUCAUGUCAGAUCUCUACAAAGCAGUUGAGAAUGGUCACACGGACAUGGUGGACUACAUCAUUCAAUCGCAUGUCCAUCGCCUAUCCCUUCCUCAUAUCAGAAGCCAACUCUUUAAAUACAUUGCAUGUGGACACCUUCCAAUGUUGGAGGCCUAUGUCGGUAUUAUAAAUAGAAUGGACAAAGAGGAUAAAAGACAAGUUAUCUAUAGUCUCACGGUACAUGCCAAAAGUCACUUGCCUGGGUGCUGUGCCUCAGCCAUGGAUCGUGGAUACAAGGCAGCAGUCUGUCUCCAAUACUUCAUGGACCAUCUUCUUCUUCCCAACAUGGAUGUUACGAUGGCAAGACUGUUUGAAGAAGCCUACGAGAGAGGACAUCUCCUGAUGGUUGAGUAUCUAAGAUCUAUUUAA